GUUUUGGUGUUUCGCUUAUACAAUGCCAAACCAUGUGCGUCUUGGCUAAAAGGAAGUUCACAAGCAGGAUUUGUGGAUAUGACAAAGUAUCUAAAACAUGUUUCUAUAGUUUCGACACCGAUUGUAACGUCAUCAGUACUUAUGAAACCACAAAGGUUGUGAUUAAACCAGAUGGUGCUGAUGCCUGUCACAGUACAGGGUAUCUUUUGAACGGAGCAGAGCCUGUGUCAGACGCCCAGAUAACCUCCUCGACUGAUAACAGUCCGAGUACGGAUAGCCGAGGUUUUAGACUCUAUACCGUGAAGACUGAUGCACAUGAGGGGUCAUGGGCUGCAGGGAUCCCUGACACGUACCAGUACAUACAGGUGCGGUUCUAUCGUCUAAAGCACGUUUCAGGUGUGGCUUUGCAAGGGAAAGCCGACUACGGUCAAUAUGUGACCGCGUACAAAGUACUCUACAGCUGUGACUGUGCUAGCUUUCGUACGAUCAUGGACACGAAUGGGUAUGAUAAGGUAUUCGCUGGAAACACAGACGAUAAUACGGUUGUUACAUCAAUGUUGCCAGUGGAGGUGACUGCUCUCUGUGUCCGAAUCAACCCAGUCACGUACAAGGGAUGGCUCGUCAUGAGGUUCGAUAUUCUAGGAUGUCCAGUGAACUAA